AUUAAAAUUCCUUAUUAUUCCAUGAGUCAAAUGAAUGAAAUUACCUUAGAAAUCGAUGAAAAAAUUGACGAUAAAAUUGAACCCAUUAUAAAAAUAGAAGUUUCGCGAAAUGAAGUUUAUCUCGUUAUCUAUAGUCAUGAAGAUCUUUCGAUUGUUUGUUGGAAUAUUCUAUUUAAAGACCCAUUUAUAGAAAAUACGGUUAAAUUAAGUGAAGAAGCGAAUUUUGACUUACAUUAUAUGUGUGUUUCUAAUAAUGGAGAACUUGUGUAUAUCAGUAAAAAUGGAACUUUAAAAAUAUACGAUAUGAAAUGUGACCAAAAAAUUAAAUUAAAUUGGAAUAAUCGUAAAAGUUACGAUUACUGUACCUUUAACUCAGAACGUGUUCUUAUUUUAUACAAUGAUGAACAUAAAAGAUUUUUAUUUUAUUCCACGCAAACUAAAAAUAAUAUAUGGUAUUGCGUAGGAACGUUUCAAAUAUCUACAUAUUUUGAAGAUUUUAGGUUGAUUAGCAUAUCAUGCAAUAAUGAAUGUUAUUUAUUUUCAAAUAAAUCUAUUUAUAAAUGGGAUCUUAAUACUUUUAUGAGUACAAAAAUAUUGGUGAUUGACGAAAAUAUUGGAGAAAAUAUCAGAGAAAAUAUCCGAAUUAUCGACAAUGAGAAGUUUAUUUGUACGAGAAUCAAGGAUAAAAUCAUUAUUUAUUCAGUUGAAUUGAAAAUUCCAGUUGCUUCCUUGAAUUUAAAUAAUGAUAUUCAACCAAGUAUGCUUGACAAAUAUCCUACUUUAUGUUCUCUAUUAUUUUCGGAUUCCAUGAUUAUGAAGGAUUAUUGGAAAAAGUAUUUAUGCCAAUUAAAAAAACAGAAUGACUUAUUACCAAAAGAAUUUUUUCCAAGUGUCAUUCGAGCUACAAGUGAACACAUAUUCGUAUUUAUAGAUGGAAAUAUUUGGAAAAUUGAUUUGAAAAAAACGAUGACCAAUGAAGAAUAUGAUAAUGACGUUAAGAUCAAUGAGGAAAUGAGUAAGAUGUAUGAUCACUUACAUAUUCUUUUUCUUAAUUCAUAUAUGGAUACUGUACGUGAAUUAUUUCAAGAAGCUAUAACAAAUUAUAAUAGUAAAUAUGAACUAAAAGCGAGUCAAAAUUCGAUUGAAUGGAGAAUUACUUGUAAUGAUUACAAAAUUAAACUGCAAGUUUUUAAAAAUAAUGUUUCAAUUUGCACGAGAGAUGUAAAGUUUGUAGAGUUAACAGUGGUUUCAUCAUUACUUGGAUUUAAAUUAAUUAACGACGAUGACAUCAUCAUAUUAACAAGUAUCGGUCCUUUAAUUUUCCAUUUUAAUGAGAAUGAUAAAUCCAUUUCUUUAAGCUAUUAUUAUUAUUAUAUAAUUCUCAAUUCAAUCAGUAAAGAUAAUACAAAACUUUUACAAAUAUUUUCAAAACCUACUUUACCUUUACCAAAUCAUGAGAGUUUUAAAUAUAAUGUUGAAUGGGUUUUAGAUGUAAAAAAUAAUAAAUCAAGUCUCUUAAAAUAUGGUGUAGGAUUAUUAAAAUUUGCAAUUAAAGAACAUAAGUUAGAAUUAAUAGAAGAAAUUUAUAAAAAAUGUAUAAAUUAUUUUGAAAAGGAUUUUAAUAACAUAAUGUUUUUAAGUAUCAUUAAUUCUAACUUGCCAUUACUGGAUAAACAUUACCCAGAAUAUAUAUUAAGAUACUCAUUGGAAACAGAAAUUAUCGUAGAUUCACCCUCUUAUAAUAUAGUAAACAGUUUACAUCUUUCCUCUUUUCAAUUUCCUCAAAAAGAUUAUCAAUUUAAAGCAUUCUUUGAACAGUUUAUAUAUUUGAAAUCAUUUCGUCGUACUUUUUAUAGAAUAAUAAGAUUUAUCAAUUUUGAUUUUAAUACUGUUAUAACUAAAAAAACACCAUCAUUUAUUUUCGCAAGUCCAUAUAUUAACUUUGUAAACUAUCCAAAAGAUUACAAUAGGUUUUUAGAAUUAUUUUGGCCUCAGCCCAGUCCAUUUAUUGAAACAAUAGAUAGUGAUAUUUAUAAAACAUGGAGUGGAGAAGCAUUACUUAAUUUUAAAUGGAAGAAAUAUGGAAUAGUUUAUCAUAUAUUUAUUUGGAGUGGAUAUUUAAUUUUACUUAUAUGUUUUAAUGUAGCUGCCGGAAUUUCUCAACAAGAAUAUGUAGAUAUUCAAAAAAUACUUUUUAUUAUUUCAACUUUAUUUGAAUUUAUUUAUCUAAGUUUUGAAGUUCGUCAGUUUAUUUAUAAUCCUAUUAAAUGGAUUCUUGAUAUUGGGAAAAUAUAUGAUGAACGUAUAGUUAAUGAUGACCCUAACAAUCCUUGGAAUUUGACCCCUAAUUAUCAAGUAUUUGAAAAUAAUACUAGCAUUAAUCCCAAUUUAUUUAUUUUACAAAAACCUGAUGAGAACACAAACAUGUUUACAACCUUCGCUACUUCAUUUUUUGCAACAUGUUUAUUACUCACUGGCGAUACAAGUUCCUUUUCUAAUUGGUCAUAUGAAGAAAAUCCUACACUUAUGAUAUUGGUGGUUUUGUUCGCAUUCUUUAUGGCUAUUUAUAUUCUGAAUGUAUUUAUCACUCUAUUUAGUGAGGCAACCGUAGAUCACGAAGACUCAUUUUUGAUAACAAGAGCAGAGUAUUUGGCUAAAAUUGAGUUAUUUUACCUAUUACCACAUCAAAGACGUUGGAAUGACUGGUUUCCUGAAGUGGUAUAUUAUUGUGCUAAUAUUGAUGAGACUCGUAAAAAAGUUAAAAAAAUGAUUGAUAAGGGUGAAUGGAAUAUCAAUAAAAUUCCAGAAUCGAAAAAAAAAUUAAUGGAAAAACUCAAUAUUCCACUUGAAUAUGAAAUUUCUUUACAGGAUAUAUUAGAAGAAAUACGAGAAAUGAAGAAUUCCUCACAAAAUAUGUUAACAGAAAUGCAAGAAAUAAAGAAGAGAUUACCAUAA